CUUCUACUUCUACUUCUGCUCCUCUACACUGUCCCCAUUUUCCCUUUCCCUUCACUUCUGCUUCUCUCUGCAUUUUGUUCUUUGGCUGUUGCCUCUCUCAGCUCAUUGCUUCACAUGUUAAUCUUUUCACUACUUUUCUGAUCUCUGGUUCCAAUAUUUUUCCCUCAGAUCAACUAAAAUCUAAUCUUUAGCUUCCUGCUUCUAUAACUAUUCAACUUUUGUUACAAAGAAAAUUAAAAAACAGUCUGAUUAGUGGGGUUUAUUUUUGUUAGUUUAAUUUGAUCAGAUUUUAAGGCAUGGGUUUCUGGUUAAAGAUGCAAAUGGUGGCUGUUUCUUGAAAAGUCAGCUUCAUUUGAUUGAGUUUUCAGGAUAUAUAUUCUAGUGAGGAUAACGUUUUCCAACUGGGAUUUUCCUCUCUCAAGAGGUUUUUUCAUAUCCUUCCCAAUAUAUUUGGUCCUGUAAAAAUUGAAUCAAAGUUUUCAAAUUUGGAGAAUGGGUAGAGGAAGAGGGAAGGGGAAGAAGCAAUCUGUUUGCGAGGAUAUUGGAAGUGGCGAAGAAGAAAAGAUACCUGUGAGGAGAAGGGGUAGACCACAGAAGCCAUUGAAGGAUGAAAUAGAGGAGGAAGAAGAAGCCGAGAAGGUAGUAGUGGAGGAUGAAGACGACAGCGAGAAUAUAAAGAGUGAAGCUGCUGAGAAUGGAAAAAAGAGGAAGAGAUCUCCACAAGUCAAGGAAAAUGCUGAUUCAGUGAAAGAGGAAAAUGGUGUUGGUACCAAAGCUAACUCGAAUGAUUUGAUAAAAUCAGUCGGAUUCAGACAAAACGGGAGCAGAAGGAAAAACAAGCCUAGACGUGCUGCUGAAGUUGGUGUUGAGUGCAGAUGAACAAUGGCUCGUCACUUUGAAUAACUGAUUCAGUGAUGAUAUGCUAGUUGGCCCUCAUUAUAGUUUCUUUGUUUUUGAUUAUUGCAAUUUCAUCUGAGGAAUUCAAUUUUGAGAAGAUUUCUGCAGCAAAUUUUCGUCUUAUUGAAUGUCUUGCUGCUAGAUCUCUCAGCUAGUUCUCUCAUUUUGCACGUGUUAGUAAAACCAGAAGCUUAUUUUAUAUGUGAUGCCCUUGUUUGAAAUGGUAGUUAUUAUGUUUUUUCAUGAGUAUGUAUUAUACUAUUAAUUGACGUGUGAAAACUAGAGAAGCAUGAAUUAGCCUCUUGGUCGGUAA